AGAAUGUCUAGUUUCAACAUUUCCUUCUAAUUAGCAAUUCUGACAAGAUAAUGACUGAUUAGAUCAAAAGAAUUAUCUGUUAUCUAAAGAGUAUAGACAAAUUAUUCAAGCUCUUACAAAGGGUUGGAAAAAUGAGGAAAAUCAUGUUGAUUUAUGUGUUCUUGGCUGAACCACCUGUCUAAAAGCAGAUAUGUUGUAGGAAAUGAGCAAAACUGAAGUUAUAUGUUUACUAUUGGGUGUAAAAAUAACAUGAAAUACACAACAGAAUAUUGUAUACAUGCUAGCAUGAUUAGUAAGCAACGGACCUUUCCAAAGAAUGGAUGUACAACUUUUUUACUUGCUGUUAAGCACUGCGUUACUCUGGUUAACACCUAGUUGUUAUGGAAGGAUCAGGCGACCCCCUCCCACCCCACCCCCAGCCAUAAAGGAGUGGACAGUAGAGGAUUACCCUAACCCCCAGAGACAGGUUUAUAAUUGUGGGAGGAAUGGGAUCACAUCCUGGGUGUGUGAUCCUAACAAUCUCAUCACCCAUAAUGAAGCCAACUACCUGGAUGAUAUGAUCAAUUUUUUCAUGAAGAAAACCAAGUGUGCCUGCCCUAAGAAGUGUAAACGUAAGAACAAAGGCUACCACAUUGCAAUAGCUUUGAUGAACAAGAUGAAGCCAUACAGUGAUUUUGAGAGCUUUGAUGAUAAAUUGAAACAUGCAGCCUACUUCAGUCACCAGUUAGAGAGCAUGUUGUGGAAAUAUGGCAUGUGCCAGGAAGAUAUUGUCAUACUAUACUCAAAAGAAGACAAUGUAAUCUACACUAUGCCAGGAAACAACAGUAGAAAAAUCCUGGAUGGAAACAUGAUAACAGAAGUAACCAUGGAAUCAAGGGUGUAUUUUGAACCAGGCAAAAACAUUACAAAAGGUCUUGAAACCAUGAUCAAAGGCUACAGAGCUGCCAUUAAUGGAGAAUAUGGCAGAAAUCGUAGAACUAGCUCAAGAACAAAAGACAGGUUAGCUGCCUCAGCCCAGCAAUCAAGCAAUGAUGUGCCAUCGUUUAAACCUGCUCUUUAUGCUACACUGUUACUGGGUGUAUUUACAGCAUUAUGGACUCUCAGUCCAUAAUGCAGUCAUUUUGGAACUCUUAAAUGUUCAUUAUAUAUUUGUUCUGUAGUGUUCUGGACAAUCCUUGCUCUCUUGAUAGAGUGUUGUUGGACUUUUUUUACAUUUAAACUGUGA